AUGUCCAAUGGCGCAUCAUCCUUGAUGACAAUGGAUAUAACCUCCAAUGCUAUCGGUGAUACAUCAGAUCGUCCUGUUAAUGACAUGACGAACAUUACCGUUAUUCAACAACCUUCAUCAACUACAACUAGUCAAUCGAAUACACACCAUUUGGAUGUGAUGAACUCGACACUUCAACACUGUGUCAGAGAAAUUCAAUUGACUCAUGUCCAAACCAUUCUUCACUUUGAAAAUGAAAUUCAACAAUUACGAGAUGAAAAUGAAACACUGAAAAAGCAAUUAUUUCAUACAAAUCUUUUAUUAAAUAAUAAUAGUAGCAAUAUCGAUGAUUUUGAUAAUAUUUUAUUAUUGAUACAGAAAUUAUCACAUGACAUUGAGAAACAAAAAGAGUAUUUUAUUAACAUGUUGAAAGAAAAGAAUCAACUCAUUGAAGAAUUACAACAUCGAUUAUCGGAACAACAACAAGUCUUGAAUAUUUCACCAUCACUACCACCAUCCGCAACCAUAACAACAUCAAACCAUACUUCUGCUGACGUGUCCAUGACUGCAACAAAUGAUCCAAACACCAAUCAGCCACGUGAUGACACGAUCCAUGAUUCCUCUACUGCAUCCACAUGUACAACAACCCAUAAUAAUGGUGACGUAGAUUCAACACAUUCCAAUCAUUCAUCAUCCCAUAUCGAUCACACAUCCUCAACCAUUACAUCAACUCCAUCCAUCACUCCACGCAACAGUAAAUCCAAACUAAUCACCAGCAAUAACAUUUCAUCAAGUAGUAAUUUGACUCACAAUUCUUCAUUUUCUAAAUUGAAUAAUCGAAGUAAUAAUAAUAAUAGCAAUAAUAAUAAUAAUAGUAAUAAUAAUAGCAAUAAUAAUAGUAGCAAUAAUAACAGUAGUAAUAGCAGUACAAAUCAUUUAUUGACAACUACAACCAUGAAUGCAUUGACUUCUCCACGUAAUAAUAAUUCUCCAUCCUUCACGAAUUAUCAAAACAUUACAGAUGCUGAAAUUGCUGGAAUUUAUGAAAGUGAUUUUAGAGAUGCAGAAAAUGAAUUACAGAAAUGGAUUGAAUCCAUUACGAACAUACCAUUCAACAACUCGAUAUCAUUUUAUCAAAAUUUAAAGAAUGGUAUCAUUUUGUGUAUUCUCAUGGAUGUAUUAUUUAAUGUAAAAGUAUCAUCGUCAUCAUCGGAUACUUUCACACAGAAUGGUAGUGCUCUUUCUACCACUUGUGGUAAUACUAUUACUUCUACUACUUCUACUUCUACUACAAGUAAUAGUAAUAAUAAUCAUACUACGAACAACAACUCUUCUACACCAAUAUAUAUUACAAAACAACAACCCUCGAAAUCUCUCUGGAAAGAAUCCAAUAAUAUUGAACAAUUUUUAAAAGUGUGUAAAACACAUUUGAACAUUAGAGAAGAAUCUCUAUUCACUUAUCAUGAUUUGAAAGAUGAAAAACAGAAAGCACUCAUUAUUGGAUGUUUAUAUCAAAUAAGAAAGAAAUCCACACAAUUAAUGUUCUCUCAACAACAACAACAACACAAACAGCAAUAA